AUGGAAUCCAAACCCUUCCCUAUCCAGCAACUGCCAGGCGAGCUGCUGAGGCUCAUCUUCGACUUUUGUGAUGAGCAGUCAGCAUCAGCCUGGGCGCGAACAAGUGCGUCCUGGUACAGGACUGUCGGCCAUAUGCUUUAUGAGGCUCAAGUCGCGCGGAACAACUGGAAGGUCUUGUUUUGGGCUGCUUACCACGGUUCCAUUGGCACGCUGAAGCAAUGGACAUCUAUUCGCAACGAAGACGGCGGCAUCAGGGGCAGUCUGAGCGCGUACGUCAGAUGGACCUUUGACGACAAGUCCACGUACACGGCAGACCCGUUCAGCACGGGCAAUUUGCAGUCCUGUCAAAUGAUCGCCUCGCCCAUCCACAUGGCGGCCAUGGGGGGACAGUUGGAGGCGGUCCAGUUCCUGUUGGACAACGGCGCGGAUAUCGACGCCUGCUCGCUCAAGACCACACCACAUGGGCUCACUGUGUUCAAUGACGCACGCGACCUCCACAGCCACACAUAUGAGAGAUGCGCAUUACCUGCAGCACUUCACACAUCCAUCAUUUGCGGCCAUGCUCCUGUAGCAGAGCUACUUGUUGCGCGCGGCGCAGACAUCAGACUCCGGCCAUUGCGUCAGGAUUACGAAAUUGGUGUCACAGCUCUCCAUCUGGCUGCGGCAUACGGAAUAGAGACUGUGAUUAGAUUAAUAUGCCAUCGCUCUGAUGUCGACGUUGACGCGGCCGAUUGCAAUGGACAGUCGCCACUGGUAUAUGCUGCUGAAAGUGCCAAAGGUCACAUCUCGUUGCGAGUGUUGAAGGAGCUCGGGGCAAACGUUAACAUACACGUGAGUAUUCAGGGUGGACCCGGAACUCCUCUGCUCGUGGCGCUCAUUCAAAGGAUACGAUGGCGAGCAGCUUUGAAGCUCAUGGAUUGUGGUGCAACCGUUCAUAAAAAUGGAGGAAGGGAGUACCUCCUGGAAGUGUGCAACCAGGCCAAGGACUCGGCCAUCCAUCCCGACGUACCCGAUCCCGCUGCCUGGGACGAGCUAGUGAGCCGGAUCAGCGGCGAUGACGAUACAGAUUCGCGGACAGGCGCGGCCAUGUCAAGAAUAGUGGGUUCUCCAUGGGGGAAGUUAUCGAGGCUUGUGCGGAGGGCGGAUAGGUAG